AUGGCUCGAUCUGUGCUACGCAACCCCAAGAUAUCGCAAGUCUCGCCUACACACGCCAAAGAGGAGUUUUGCAAGAUUCUUUGCCCAUCAAGACUCUUGAAUGAAGCAACCUCAACACUUGAUCCCCUAUCCGAGGCUGUGGUGCAGCAGGCGUUGGCUGCUGCCGCUGUUGGGCAGGCAACUAUUGCUCUUGCCCACGCUAACCGCAUUUACGUAUUCGGUAACGGAUGGGCCGUUGUAUGGGCUGUUGAACAAGGCACCCGCGCGGGCUUGAUGACAGAGCGCGGGCGUUAUUGGGAGUUUGUGGGUUUGCAGAGCAUGGGAAACUAA